UACGGGCGCCCGCCCCCCUCCCUUCCAGGGGAUGGCCAGACUUAGAGAGAAGGCGGCGAGAGUCUCCUAAGCUCCAGAAGCGGAGCCUGCCAUUCACCAACGCGGUUUGCGCCGCCGCCGUGACGUCAAUGUCAUAGGGCGCCCGUGGGCUUUACGCCGCUGGCGCAAAGGCGUUGCUCUUUGCCUGCUGGGGAGGAGAAGGACAGAAAGAGGCUUAAAGAGACAACAGCGAGCCAUGGAGGGACUGGGGGGGAAGAGAUCUUUGGGCCCCCACCCUUGAAGAGUCCGGACGGGGGAAAGCAGCUCAGGUCUUUCUAGAUCUGAAAAUGAAAGUGUGUGAAAUCCUUUGCCAAAGGAACUACAGACCAGGAAAUACAUAAGGUUCCCCUCACCCCCGCUUUCUCUGCAAAGAAUGCUAAAGCUUGGAAAAGAAGAGUCACCCUGGAAAAUUCGCUUCUGCGCCAUGUUGUCUUCACCAAGGAGCAUCCGACGGGAGGUGCUGCUGAUUGGAGUCCACGCGGACCAGCCCAGAGGACAACCGUUCCACUAGCCCAGCACAUGUGGGUGGAGACGUCUCCCCUCACACCCUCCCCUCCUACAUCUCCGGCAUCCGCAAUGGUUUAUUAACCAAGAAGAGCCCUGCUUUUUUAAUUCCUCCUUUGUCUUUUCUCCCCUUCCCCUCCCCCUCCCCCGACCCCCUCCCAGCCACUCCUCAAGUUUUGGCCGUGUUGGGAUUUGUAUGGCAGCGGUGUAACCGUGGAGAGGCCAGGGUAUCACAAACUUAUGGAUUUUGAUAAGAGAGGAGGGAAAGGGGAAAACGAGGAGAGUAGAAGAAUGUCUAAAACGGGUGGAAGCCGGAGCACUCACGGGAGCCGAACAGCAGGGACCAACUCCGGAGUCUUAAUGGUAGGGCCGAAUUUUCGUGUUGGGAAGAAAAUCGGAUGCGGCAACUUUGGGGAACUUCGGCUAGGGAAGAACCUCUACACAAAUGAAUAUGUAGCAAUCAAGUUGGAACCUAUCAAAUCCAGAGCUCCUCAGCUGCAUUUGGAAUAUCGAUUCUAUAAACAGCUUGGCAAUGCAGAAGGAAUCCCUCAGGUCUACUACUUUGGGCCAUGUGGAAAGUACAACGCCAUGGUCUUGGAGCUGCUGGGCCCAAGCCUAGAAGACCUCUUUGACUUGUGUGACCGGACAUUCACUCUCAAGACCGUUCUUAUGAUUGCCAUCCAACUGAUUACACGGAUGGAGUACGUUCACACCAAAAGCUUGAUCUACAGAGAUGUAAAGCCAGAAAACUUCCUGGUGGGAAGGCCCGGAAGCAAACGCCAGCACACCAUCCACAUAAUUGACUUUGGCCUGGCCAAAGAGUACAUUGACCCAGAGACCAAAAAGCAUAUCCCCUACCGAGAGCACAAGAGUCUGACGGGAACGGCGCGGUACAUGAGCAUCAAUACUCACCUGGGGAAAGAACAAAGCCGAAGAGAUGACCUGGAAGCACUUGGUCACAUGUUCAUGUACUUCCUCCGGGGAAGUCUGCCUUGGCAAGGCCUCAAGGCGGACACCCUGAAAGAGCGGUACCAGAAGAUUGGCGAUACCAAGAGAGCCACACCCGUUGAAGUGCUGUGUGAAAGCUUCCCUGAGGAGAUGGCCACAUACCUCCGCUACGUGCGACGUCUGGACUUCUUUGAAAAGCCAGAUUAUGACUAUCUACGGAAACUUUUCACUGAUCUGUUUGACCGGAAUGGCUACGUCUUUGAUUAUGAAUACGACUGGGCUGGGAAACCUUUACCAACCCCUAUUGGCACAAUCCAGAGUGACGUACAAGUCCAGCCUCCAAACAGGGAGAAAGCACAGCAGUACAUCAAACAGCAGUCACCUGAGGGGACCGACUUUUGGGAUCCCCAGGCUGGCCAGCAGCCUGCUGAGGACGCCCUGGGAGCCCCCCUGGCAGCCAGCAGGCUUGGGGGUUCCAUUCAGGUCAUGAGUUCUACCAAUGGGGAAUUGAACACAGAUGACCCCACUGCCGGCCACUCAAACGCCCCCAUCACGGCACCUGCCGAGGUUGAGGUGGCAGACGACACAAAGUGCUGCUGUUUCUUUAAGAGGAGGAAGAGGAAAACUAUCCAGCGCCACAAGUGAAAUAUUCCUGUUGGUCAAAGCCAGGAUCCUAUUGGGACUGCGUUUUCCCCACCCUCCUUUUACUUCCUGGCUAAGGAUAAUGGAUCUUGAUGGAAUAGGAGGGGGCACUGUUUCCCCCACCUGCACUCCCACUUGAGUUUUAUUGGUGGGUAGGGACACAGGUGACUUUGACUGUCCUAGCAGGCACAUGUGGGGGGUCUUCCCCCAUCCAUUUUUUUCUUUUCCCUUCUUCCCAGGAGAUGAAAUGGAGGGGUGGGGCGGGCACUGGCAGAAAAAGAAAAAGCCACGUUGGACUUCUUUGCUCAAGUGUCCCACUCUUCCUCCUGGUCCAGACAGAAAAAAAACAGCAUUAAUAUUUAUGCAGCAGUUUUCCUUCCCUUCCAUUGUCAGUUUAUUUGUCCUCCACCCCUCUUUGGAGCUCUUCAAAUAGCUUUUGGAACAAAACAAAAACAAAACAUAAAAUGGGAAUCAAUUCUACUUGUUUACCUUUAGAAGAAGCAAAGUGAUGAUUCUGAGAACAGCCCUGCACGUAUUUCUUCUUCUCUGUUGUUUGCUUCAGUCUCAAGUUAAUUUAAAAAUGGCGUUUUCGGCCUUCGUGCCGCAGCAUCUCCUCACCCUACACCUUUCCCAUCGUAGUGAUGCAAAUGGUUUUGCUUAUUUUAUUUUCUGCUUUGAGUUUUAAGGAUGUCCCCCAACAAACCCCCCUUCCCCCAUGUCUGCCUGAUUUCCCUUUUUUUUUUUUUUCAAUUUAAUUUCCCCAGCCCUGCCAAAUUACUCUUUGGUGACAUCCUUUAAGGGAAGCUUUGUCCCCAUACUCCAAAUAACACGAGAGGCAAAAAUAAAUGUAUCGUGCAGGGGGGGGGAGGGUAGCUGGGGAAUAAUUUUACACACUUCCUCAUUUCUCAGUGCACUUUUUUUUGUAGCAAUACCAGCAUUUGUGUCUUGAAAAAAACGAUCCAAUUUUAGAUAUUUUUUUAAAAAAAAUUAAUUAAGUUCUACCCACUCCCAGGUGGGAGAGAAUUAAGGGCAAAAGUCUUGGAUCUCAGGAACGGCAGCCUGCCAAACAUAACCCCAAAGCCAAUGUCGAUUGUUAGAGAACCGCAGAGAACAAGGGGACGUUUUCAUGACCAAAGUGAAACCUACAUGGACAGGAUCACUUAGGUGAGAUCGUUCCAUAUCGUGGCCCUCACAGCACCUGGGUACUUGCCAAUUUCAUUUGACGUUAAAAUAGGUGGCAACAAACUUUUAUUUGGGUGGAGAGAGGAGGCCCACUGACGAAGCGUUGUGCAAGGACAAUCCACUUGUUUUGGUCUGUUCUUUCUCAAAAACCCAACAGCUGUCUGCAUUUCCAGCUUCCCAGUUCGGUGAUGGCUUGGAAUCGGCUCCUGCAGAACCAUCGAUAUGACUGUUAUUAGUGUGGAAAUGAGCAAAAAGCUUUGCAGGCCUCUUUAUGAAAAACAUCCAAGCCAAGCCAAAAUCUAACUUGCCAGGGAAGGAGAUGGCUUUAGAAUAAGGCCUGCGUGUGGCUUUCAUGCUUUUAUCCCUUUGUAUUCCAUCACUAGCUUACAUGUCUGCCCCGGCCUUAGAAGAAGUUGUGCCUGGGUACACUGCGGCCUAUACGCCUGGAUUGAACGUACACGCUUCUCCCUUUCAGUUGACCAAGUCAAAACAAACAGCUGGUCUGCAGCCAUCAAAGCUACACCUGUCCAAGGUGCUUCAGCAUUGUGACAAUAGCAGUGCAGCUUGGUUACUUCUUUAGAUAUAUUUUUUUACCAAGGGAUAAGACAGUUGCCCCUGCGUUGCUUCAAACUAUUCGUCUUUCGCCCUGUGCUGUAAUUACGGCACUUGGAAUGUCGGGAUGUGGCCUGCUAGGGAAAUGGUGGCAGGGUUAGUUUGGGGGGGGGGGUAGGGGGAUAAACACUUUGGUCUCUGCUAAACUAAAGAGCACCCUUGGGUGGGUGGGUGCUGCUACAGACCAAAGGAGUGCAACUUUAAAAUUCGCCACACACCUCAUUAGUGCUAAAUCAUAUCUAUUGGACUUCAUUCACCCCCUCCUAAUAAUGAGAGGGUUACUGCCUCCUCACCUUAUAGCCUUGAAGUUGUUCACUUUGUAGAACUAGAUUUACACCUCUUCCCUCUCCCCUCCCCUCCCCAAUGUGGGUUUUAAGAUUUGAACCCCCUCCUUUCGGGGUUGCAUAAUCGAUAGCAAUCCUGCAGAUGACUCUGAAGGGAAUGGAGUGGGUGCGGAUCCUCCCAACCCAACGUUUAUUGCAAAAGCUGGCACUUAAUUUUUUUGUGCUUUUUCAAGAUGGAUAUAAAUUUCUUUGCCCUAUUUGAAUGAAUGUUUUUGUGGCCAUUUGAAAUAAAUAAAAAAAAGGAAAGCAGGGACUAAAAUUCAACAUGAUCUCACUUUAUUUGUCUUAGUUUAUAAACGUUAACAGCAGUGCCUCUGCCAAUGCUAGAAUCACAAGGAUACAGGAGGUCCUAGGGAAAAUUCUUGAUUUGGGCAACUUCCAUUAAAAUAGGAUUGCUUAGAUAUGUGCAGUGUUUGAGUUUCUUUCCCAAACAAUGCAAAGAGAAAAACAGAAUACAGCCUUAAGCAUUGGUCUGGAAAAAAAAUUAUAUAGUUCCAAUCCCAGGAAGGUGUAAAAGAAAUUUUUUAAAAAUAAGAUGUUUAUGUAAAGAGUGCAUGAGUGUGCUUGGACUACCAGUUGCAAUGUGGAUUAUUCGUUUUUUUUUUCUUUAUUUUUCUUUUUCUUUUUGAAUGUGACAAAAGUUUUAAGGGACAACUCUAAUGACAGAAAACAAAAACACAUCAAUGAGGGUUGACGGUGGCCCGCCAAGCUCUCUGGUCUUAUCAGGUGUAUGUUUUGGCCCACGUUGUCUGAUUUGCAUCAAAAUGAAUUUUACAGAUUUGUGUGGUUGUUUUAUUUUUUAAUUAUGUAACAAAAGAAAAAAGUAAUUUCAAGUCUGAAUAGAAAUGAGAUUUGUACUGGUGUAGCUCCAAAGCAGAAGAGAGAUUGUGGCAUUGCAAAUUUAGUUACUGCUUUAAAAAAAAGAAGUGUACACAGGUUAUGGUGUAUAAGUUUCUCUUGAAGCUUCUUUGAAGCCAUAGAAGUUAGGGCUUUUUAAAAAAAAUAAUAAAAAGAGAAAAAAAAACCUGAAAAACUAAAAAUUAAAAAAACCUUAAAAAAAUAAAUUCUCCAAAAA